UCUACACUGCCCCUCCCACAACCCCUUCUUAUUCCCUCACUCCCGCGCCCAAACCUCACAACACAACGCAACGCACUCUCUUCUCUCUGUGUAAAACCCUCGCGUUCUUCGCAUCUUCGUCACUCGUUCUCUUCGAUUCUCGCCAUGCCGAAGGCCAAAGCCGAUGCCAAAGCCACCGACAACCGGUUGAAGCGCAAGGGCGCCGGUGCCGGAAGGAAGCAAUCGAAGAAAGCUGCUAAGGAUCCUAACAAGCCGAAGAGACCUCCAAGUGCUUUCUUUGUUUUCAUGUCUGAGUUCAGGGAGCAGUUCAAGAAGGAACAUCCUAACAACAAAUCUGUCGCUGUUGUUGGUAAAGCUGGUGGUGAAAAGUGGAAAUCUAUGUCUGAUGCUGAGAAGGCUCCCUUUGUUGCUAGGGCAGAGAAGAAGAAAGAAGAGUAUGACAAAAGUAUUUUGUCCUACAACAAGAAAUUGGAGGGAAAGAAUUCUGAGGAAGAUGAGUCUGACAAGUCAAAGUCUGAAGUCAAUGAUGAUGAGGAAGAUGAGGAGGACGAUGAAGAUGACGAGUGAAGUUCUUGAUACAAGAUGAAGAGUAGGUGGAUGUGGGAAUGAAUGUUUUGCAUAGUUGGGCUUUAGUAUUGGAUAGGAUGUUUCCCAAACCACAUCCCUUUCUGAUAAUUAGUUUCUGAAUUCUUAUUUUGUUCUCACUAGGUUUAGAUUAGUUCACAGUCGUAAUUAGGGUUCAGUAUCAUGAUCAUGUACUUAAAGUCAAUGCUAUGAUACAUUUUAAUUCUAUUAUCAAAGAAAUGUCAGUCUCUUCAAUUUCCUAUUUU